UGACACACCUUCCUGGGCUCACGCAAAGCCGCCUUGGAAGCACAACCCUGACCUUUCCCUUUUAUGAUGAUGAAUCGUCUGCCGUGGCUCCGUUGUGUGCGAACCUGUGAACGCCUGGAAUGGGAGUCAAGUCCAAGGGCAGGAGAUCAAUGGAAGUUCUGCCCAGUGGGGUGUUUGCUUGGGUGGAGCACAGCUACAAAAGCCUGAGAGCCAGCCUUGGCCUCUCAGUGUGUGGGCUCCUCUCUGGGCAGCUCCAACAUGCUGAGGGCACUGCUGCUCCUCUUCCUGUGCUUCCUGAGUCCUGCCAGUGCUGGGAAGCUGCUGGUGAUCCCCAUGGAGGGCAGCCACUGGCUCAGCAUGAAGGAAGUGCUGGCAGAGCUAAGCAAGAGAGGGCACGAAAUUGUGGUUCUGGCACCGGACAACAAGGUGUACAUCGGCUCCUCAGAUGUCUAUGACUUGAAAACCUACCCUGUCCCUAUCAAGAAGGAAGAGAUGGAAGCACAGAUACGCUCAUUGGGUCUGAUGUGCUUUAGUGAAGAGCCUUUCCUGGUCAGAUUUUGGAAUGCUCUGAAAGAUUUACAGAAGACCGCUGCCCUGUUUGAAGCCACCUACAGAUCCUUGCUGUACAACAAAGAGAUGAUGAAAUACAUCCAAGACAGCAAAUUUGACGCCGUCUUCACGGAUCCCUUCAGUCCCUGUGGGCCGAUCGUUGCUGUUCAGUUCUCCGUCCCCAGUGUGUUCUUCAUGAGGGAUGUUCCAUGUAACACGGACAAACAGGCUGCUCAGGGCCCGGACCCGCCGUCCUACGUCCCACGGAUAUUCUGGCACAGACAGACCACAUGACGUUCUCCCAGAGAG